AUGACAGUGGAUGCAAAAAAUAAUCAGUCAGAAGUAAAACAUUUAAGAGUUGGAGGAGGCGAGGAUGUUGAAGACGGAGAAUAUCCUUUCGUAGUUGUGGUGGCCUACAUAAAGGAUCUGGAUCACAAGUGGUGCUCAGCCGCAAUGCUGUCCCCCGACUGGGCAGUCACUGCUGCCUAUCCAUUUUAUGAUGAUGAACAUCUCAUGGGCGAAGAUUUCUUCGACAGUCUAGCUGUUUGGUACGGCAACUUCACCGCGUCGCCAGUCAAAACGAAACUUUACUCGCGAGUACGCAAAAUUAUUAUCCAUCCAGAUUUUUAUUCGGAUCCAUUUCACAGGCCGUCUUCGGAUCACAAUAUAGCGUUGCUGCAUGUUAAAGAUAAAAUAAACUUAAUUACUUACGGUAUGAUAGCUACCAAGCAGGAUCUGGUCGGGAAGUCUGUGACGUUUGUCGGAGGAGGGCCGACGCAGCCCGAUCAGAUGUACGACCUUACCGCAGCAAUGUACGAACCCUUACAGGCUGCUAAGGCUGUUAUUCAAAAGUGUUACGAAAACCUGCUAUUUACUAAAAUACCAAAGUUGUGUGUCGAUAACCAUGCCGGGGGUACGACGACAUACCAAUGGGACGUGGGCUGUCCCCUUCUACUAGACGACCACACGAUCCUGGGAGUUCUGACUGACUAUUCACAAGAUAUAACUGUGUUUCUACCGUUGCAUGUUUACAGUCCCUGGAUUGAGGAAACUAUGCGCAUGACAGCAGUAGCUGACAAGGUGAUCCCGUUGGUACCUGAUUAUACCUGA